AUGCUUCGAGGUUCCUCUUAUUCCACCAGGUUCCAAAAUGCCAAAAAGAACUGGGUAGACCUGCAAACCAAAAAGAACCGGACAGACCCAAGGGCCAAAAAGAACCAGACGAACCUGAAGGCCAAAAUGAUCCGGAAAGACGUGAGGGCCAUAAAGAAGCAGGUAGAUCUGAGGGCCAAAAAGAACCAGACAGACCUGAGGACCAAAAACUACCAGGUAGACCUGAGGGCAAAAAAAGAACCGGGGGUGUUCCGGAGAUGUUCUAGAAAGCACGAGUGUUACUUCAUCAACGGCACCGAGCGUGUGAGGUUCGUGGAGAGGCUCAUCUACAACCGGGAGCAGUUCGUGCACUUCGACAGUGAUGUGGGGGUCUUUGUGGGGGACACCCCGAAUGGGGAGAUCCAGGCCAGGCAGUGGAACAACGACCAGGAAGGGUUGGAGCUCAGACGGGCUCAGGUGGACAGGCUCUGCCGGAACAACUAUGAGGUGUCCACCCCGUUCAGUGUGAACCGCAGAGUGCCCCCCAGCGUGUCCAUCUCGUUGGUGCGGUCGAGCUCCCAGCCCGGCCCCGGCCGCCUGCUCUGCUCCGUGAUGGAUUUCUACCCUGCACCGGUGCAGGUGAGGUGGUUCCAGGAUGGGCAGGAGCUGCCGGAGCACGUGGUGGCCACCGACGUGGUCCCCAACGGGGACUGGACCUACCAGGUGCUGGUGAUGCUGGAAAUCCCCCCCCGGCACGGGGUCACCUACACCUGCCAGGUGGAGCACAUCAGCCUGGAGCACCCCCUCAGCCGGCACUGGGAGAUGCCACAGGACACCGUCCGCAGCAAGAUCCUGGUGGGGGUCGGGGGCUUCGUGUUGGGUUUGGUCUUCCUGGCGCUGGGGCUCGGCUUCUACCUGCGGGAGAAGAGCUCCUGAGCUGGUGGCAGCCGCAGCCCCUCCCUGUGGCCUUGGACCCAGCUGGGAUCCCCCAACCCAUCCCCACCUGGAGUUUGGGGUGGUCGUGUGUCCCCCCCUCGGCC